AUCGAGUAUAAACGCAUUCAUAUUAAACUAUCAAUAUAAUCAAUAUAAACAAGUUUUUCAAGCCUCUUACAAGUUUUAAGUUCAGGGCGUUCAUUAAUGUUUGCUUAAUAAUUAAAAUGUUUUAUUGAAUCUUAUGUGAUUAAAGUGUUGAAGGGCAGCAGGUAAUUUGUUUUAGUAUGCUGAGCCCAGAGAACACAUCUGUUUCAGAACCAUUGUACGUUUAUUACCUGGUAGAAGAUGAUUUGGAUACUGCAGUAGAUGAUCAACCAAUCGAUUUCAGUAAAAGGUAUUCUGAUUUAAACUCUGGAUGUAAAACAGUUGGGAAAAAAAGGCAUCGUUCUACAACUGCAUCCGUUAGUUCAGAACCCAUUGGUUCCAAACAACCUUGUGAAGACGAUGUGAGAGUUUAUUGCAUUGAAGGAACUCCUUUGUUAAUAUCAUCGUCCUCGUCUAUGUGCGAUAUUAGAGACUGUUCUUCUUUCGAAGGUGGUUUACGAAGAAAAUCCUUAGAUUUGAAGGAUAGAUUCAGUCUUUCAGAAAACUCCAAAACUUCUCCAGAUAGUUCAAAAGAACAAGAUAUGGUAAAAGAGAAUGAGGAAUCUGUUGUUGAAGAGAAUAAAAAUAAUGAAGUUGACAUAGAGGAUACUUUACAAUCGUUUGCAGCCGAAGAAGUAUCAUCUGAGUUACCUUCACCCCUAAUGUUUUCUAGAUCUAGUUCAGUUGGUUCAUUAAAUAGUUCCGAACAACAUUCUAUUAUAGAUGACAGAAGUUCAGUUAGCAUCUUCAGCAAUCUGCCAAGUGGUAUUAUAUCGCCUAGCGAGCUACCUGAUUCUCCUGGGGAAGCUAUGUCACCAUUUAUCCAUAAAAAUAGGCAGCAAGUAUUUAAAUUUCCUCCACCUGAAGAUGAUAAGCAGUCAGUUGAUCAUGUACCAAAUUUGGAUAAAGUGUGCAAUGAUGCAUACAGUGAUGCACCUGAAGAUGUUCUUAAAGUGUAUGAUAUUGAAGGAGACUGCUCAUCUAUGUCUAGUUUCAGUGAGCUCAGCAUUCAUACGUCUAGUCAUAUGUCUUUGACCUAUAGCAAUGAUUGUGUAAAUAUUAAACAAAAAACCUCUAUCAAGAUGGAUUGCGUCACCAACGGAGAGCCAGUGCAGAAUUCUAAUUUUGAUGGUUCUGUUGACAUAGGAGAUUCUUCACAAACUGUACCUUUGCCCCUUGAGAAGCCAGUUCAUUACAACCAAUCAGGAGAAUCGUCUUAUUCCACUAUGGGAGAAAAAAAUUACCUCCAAAGUGAAUGUGAGUCCCCAGAUAAAAUUGUAAAUAGUCCAAUGAUUGAAGAUAUGAAAGAUUCUUUAAAUAAUGAAGAAGAUGGUGAGUCUGAUUUUAGUGUGAUUGAAAGUGAUGGCGAAGCUGAUGCUCUUUUAGAAGAAUGUAUUAGAAGUGGAAAAGCCCUUAAAAGUAUGUGUGAUACUGAGAAAUAUAGUUGUGCUUUAGAAGAAAGGAAUGGCCUAAUUAGGGAACUCGAGUCUGAUUUUAAUGGGUAUGAAGGUGAGGACAAAGCUGAAGAUCUGAAUUCUAAAAGGGAUAAAGCUGUUGGAGAUAUUGUCAAGCUUACAAAUAAAAAUGAAAAAAAUUUAGAAGGAAAAAAUGAAUGUAAAAGUGAGGAUUCUAAGCUGGAUUUUAGUAUGAUUGAAAGUGAUUGUAAAGCUGUGCAUCUUACUGAAAAAUACCUGAAAGAUAGGAAGUCAAUUGAAGAUGUACAUAAUAUAAAGGGUGAUAAACUUUUAGAAGAACAGAAGCAGUAUGAAGAGACAGCUGAGUUUUGUAACAGUUUGAAUGAAAGUGAUGAUGAAAUAGAUGCCCUCUUAGAAGAAUGCAUUAGAAAUGGAAAGCCUAAUGCUGAAAAAUCUGAGAAGGUUGUUAAAUUGCAGCCAAAUAAAAUAGUGAAUUUUAAUUCCAAUGAGGUUCCACAAGUCUCAGUUGUAAGGGAGCCUUCUGUUGAAAGAAAAAACUCUGUUCCCAAGUUCAAUUUUGUACAAAGAUCUCAAAAGCACUCCGUAAGUGAGAAGCUAAAGAAGACAGCAAAAGUAUAUGAUUCCGCAUCAAGUAAAGUCUUAAAACCAAAAAUUUGUAACACCUCACCAAAUAGUAAACAGAAAUUGGAAUAUUACCAGGGCAACACAUCAACAAAUGCUUAUCAGUGCUGUAAUGCCUUCCAGGGAAGGAAGUGCCGAUUAGAUCAAAAUCAACGUUCGUGCCAUGGAAUGAAACCUUAUAGGUCAGAGAAUCUACCAGAGCGAGCAUCUGAUCCUAUGAAAAAGUUGCGGAAAGAGAUUUUAAUUGGUCUUUAUAGAACUUUGAAUGAUGAUAAACCAGAUAAAAGCUUAAAAUCAUUGAACUCUGAAUGUGAGGAUGAUGAUAUGAUUAAUCAAUGCAUUAAAUUAGGAAUGCCUGAUAGAAGUCCCAGAAAACAGUUCACACAAUCUCCAUCAAAAACAAAUCAUAUUCACUCAAUGUGCAAAGCCAAUGACAAACACUUCACUGAAUAUACUUCUUCGCCAUCCAGAAAUCAGCAAGUUUUUGCACAGUCGAGAACUGGGACAAGACCUCAAGAAUUCUCCCAUUCUGGGAUGCAUCUUGCUAGGCUGAAUCAGGCACAAAUCCAAUCGAAAAAUCGCCACACUCCUCCAUCUUAUAGUAAUCAUUUUCAUCCUAGGAAGAAUCAGUCUUCUCACACAACCAAGCAUCAAAUUCUAAAAGCCAACUCCAAACACCAUCAUCAAAAGCUUUCAAGGAAAGAAGAAUUUUAUAACCGAAUUGAGGAAGACUAUGAGGAGACUGAAAAUGAUAUUCUUCAACAAUACAUUCAAUUAGGAAUGCCAACAAAGUCUAGGAGACCAUGUAGCCAAACAAAAGAGAUCAGAGGCAAUUCUAGUUAUCAGAGAUAUGAUAAAAAUUUGGGUUAUAGAGAUAAUCAUCGUCCAGAUGGUAUUUCUGAUGGAGAAGAUGAUGAUGAUAUUAUAAUGGCAUGCAUAAAUGCUGGAAAACCAAAAAGAAAAACUGAAAAUAAAAGUAUGAGAGAACAAUCUUCUCAAAACCAAACUCCGAUUAUAAGUCCAAACAAACUAGUUUUGCAGCAGCAAAAGAGAUGCAUAAAUAACAAUAUAAGUUUGGGCAGCAUGCAUCAAUCUAUGUCUUUUGCACCACCUAAAAGCAGAUGGACGUCACCCAUAGUUGUUCCUGAUCAUGGUUUAGUGACCCCUGUUGAAGAAUCUCCAUGUGUGUACAAGACAGAAGAUACUCCUGUCCUCUCACCAACUGCUUCUAUGAGUGAUUUGAGCUGCCUUUCUUUUAGUGAAGACAAAAGUACUCACAGCAAUUUGAACAAUUCUCGUAAUUCUGAUAUAAGUUCUGAUACUGAUGAUGAUGACGACGAUGAAUUAUUGUUGCAAUGUAUUCAGUCUGGUAUGCCUUCAGCUAAAAAGGCAAUUGCUUAGGCUGAGGACACUCGGCAGCUCUAAAAAAUUAAAAAGCAGCUUAGAAUUCUGUGAUAUUACACCACUAUUGGGGUUCCUACUAAAUUAAGCGCUACAGAGUUGCCAGUUGAUUUUUAUAAGAAUAAUUAUUGAAAAAACUCUUUUGCAUAAUUCAUGCUAAG